CUAGGCAGCGCCGCCAGCACCAUGCAGCGGCAGCCCGCGCGCGCUGUGCCCUGGGCCUGUGCAGGUCUGGCCCUGGGCCUCCUGUGCGCAGGUCCCUGGCUCGCUGCCGCCCUUGCCCCGUGGGGACAGGAAGCUCAGUGCGAAGUCUGUAAAGGAUUUUUGGACAGAUUUUACAACUCAUUAAAAGAAAAACAUUCUGACUUCACCAUGGCCACCAUAGAGAAAGAACUGGUUGACAGCUGCAUGGAUACAAAAGGAAAAGAACACCGCUUGUGCUAUUACAUUGGGGCAACAAGCGAUGCAGCCACGAAGAUCAUCAGUGAGGUCAGCCGCCCAAUGAGUGCUCAUGUACCUGUGUCGAAGAUAUGUGAGAAACUGAAGAAGAAUGACAUUCAGAUCUGUGAGCUCAAAUAUGAAAGGAAACUGGACUUAAACUCGGUGGAUCUCUCCAAGAUGAGAGUGGCUGAGCUGAGGAAGAUCCUGGAUAGCUGGGGAGAAGUGUGCAGAGCAUGCAUAGAGAAAACAGACUUUGUGAACUUGAUUAAGGAGCUGGCACCUAAGUAUACGCUUACAAACCCCAAAUCAGACCUUUGAUACUUGUGCCAACCUAGUGCUUGCUAUGGUAGGUCAUCUCUCUGUGCACAAAGAAUGACUGACAAUGGAAUAGCUGGGCUAAAAAACUUAUUUGGUUACAACUGACAAGUGCCAAAAAACGGAGUUAUUAUUAAUAAUUGCUUAUCUAGCACCACAGAAGGGCAUAGUACUUUACAGACAAGACAAAGUCACUGCACCAAAGAACAUAAUAUAUAAGAAUCAAAUCGUAUUUGUAUUGCCAUAGCAAAUAAAGUCCUCAGCCCCACAGUGCUAGCAGUGUACACACACAUAACAAAAAAAUGACCACUGCCCCAGAGAUCUUUUACUUUCAAGUAGAAGAGACCAAACCCCACCCCCCUAAACAAACCCCAAACAGACCUUUAGCUAAACUGGUGUAAUGUGUGUAGACAAUCUUAGGGCUUAUACGGUUUUCACCAUAUUGGUUUAAAAACCAUUAAAUAUUAUUGACAAAAUACUAUUAUUUUCCAUGACAUAAUAUACACAGUUAUAAGCAAUUUGAUAAUAGUAUAACUGCAUCCACAGUAGAGGGUUGCAUCAGUUCAACUACAUUGGUUUCUAAACCAAUCUGUUUAAGUCAAUACACAAACUGUGUGGAGACCAGCCCUUGUGUCUAUUCAAACCUGGCUUAUAUUGAUAUAGUUUGUAAUGUGAAGGUACAACUUGUACAUUCAUGCACACCUUUCAACUGCUGCAGUGAAUGAGGCAGGGGCCUUACAACCAGCAUUGUGUAGUGAAUGAGGCUGUUAUCUCAUCCACUGUCCAUCUUGUGCAUUUCCAAUCCUAGGUCGACACCUUGAUAUAUUCAGGGAAGAGCAAUAUUUUUAUUUAAGGAGUUUGGAAACAGAGAAAUUAGAAGCGUAAAAGACUAUUUGAUUAUUUAGUAUAUUCCUCCUUCUAGCUGAGGUAUUCCAGGGGGUCCAUAGGCCCUGCUGAUUAACUUCUCCUACUUCCUCCCUCAACUCCUCCGCCUCCCUCCCAGUGCAUCCUGCAUGCCACAGAACAGCUGUCCCUCGGCAUGAAGGAGGUGCUGGGAGGGAGGAGAAGGAGUGGAGACAAGGCACGCUCAGGGUGUGUGUGGAAAGAGGUGGGGCAGAGGUGGAGCGGGGGCAGGAAGAGGUGGGGCCUUGGAGGAAGGGCUGGAGUGGGGCCUGGGGCUGAGUUGAGGGAAAGGGCUGAGGGUCCAGGAAAAAUUGUAAAUCAAAACGGGAGUUCUCGGGUUGCUAUAGUUUGAGAACCGCUGUUCUAGAACAUUUUAGAAACUUGCAAACAAACCAACCUACCUUUUUGGUUCAUUGAAACUAAUUCGUUCCUUCUCAGAUAUUGACACUCUUCAAGUAUUUGCAGCUGGCUAGCAUAUCCAACUUAUUUGCUGCUUGGCCACAACAAGCAUAUUUUGCUCUUUUAGGAUGGAAUUUUGGCCCCUAACUUCCUUAGACUCCUUUGAGAAUUCCUCAGUUUCUUCAUUCUCUCACAUAUUUUGUUUGGCCUUCUUUGAAUUCCCUUAAGUUAAUAAGUUGUACCACUAAUGUUGACAGAGAGUAUCACUAGAUCAAGAAGUUUUGUCCAAGUUUGUUUGAAGUCAUUACUUUACAUGUAUGCACAUAGGCCCCAGACCAGCAAGGCACUUAAGCACAUGCUCAAGUUUAAGCAUGUGAAAAGUCCCAUUGAAAUCAAUGGGACUAUUCACAUGUUGAAAGUGAAGUAGGUCACAUGCAUCCAACGAAGUGGGUAUUCACCCACGAAAGCUCAUGCUCCAAUACGUCUGGUAGUCUAUAAGGUGCCAGAGGACCCUUUGCUACUUUUAGGUCUUAAUUGUUCUUCUGGAUCGGGGCUAACUGAUUAUGAUUACAGAGUUCCAACUCAUUGUGCAAUAUGAAAGUGACCCAAUAUGCAAACAUUUACAUUUUAGAAAAGAAGGUUUUGUGUACACUGGCGAAAGCUAUUUCAGUGCUUAUCUUUAGAAGUGUUUGAAAUAUGGAAGAUAGAGGUUACUAUGAAUUCACUGCCAGAUAUUUUCAUCUUGAUUGCAUAAAUCCCUGCAUUUAAUUGAAAUCCAGUGGUUAUUUGCAUGAUUAAUGUCUUAUGCUUGCAAAAAAUAUUUAAGCCCAGAUUCUCAAAGGUAUUUAGGCAUUAGGUGCCUUUGAAGACCCAGGAAUUAGUGGACCCACAUCCUAAAUUAUGCAAGCCAAAAUUCUAUUCUUUGAUACAGAGACAACUCCCAUUGAAUUGAAAAGGCAUUACACCUUUGUUUUUUAGAGAACAGGCUUCAUGACUGUCUCCUUUACAUGGGUAUAAAUCAAAAGUAAAUUCACUGAAGUCAGUGGAGUUACUCCAGUGUAAACUGCUGUGAGAAAAGAAUCAAGCUUGAGAUUCCUGCUGUGUGUGUAGUAGGAAAGAAUCAGGCUUAUACAUUAGUAAUGACCAAAUCUCAAAAGGGAUUGAGGCCCAGUUCAGAUCUGCAUCCAACUGUAGAGGUGUGAAAUAACCAGCCAUCUGUGAUAUGGUAACCUUGCAAUAUGUGGUUUCUCUUAAAGUUUAUAGUAUUUCCUGCUGCAGAAUUACCCUUUCACGAGUUAUUUGUGUACUUCUGCUUCUUGCUGAAAGAAGGAACUGCAGGGAUGUGUAAACAUUGAAUUAAAGAGAAUUAAGUAGAAUCUUUUUUGAAUUUCAGAAAUGGUCUAAGUGCAGUUUGACUUAUGGAUAAAGAAUCAGAUUGGUUCUUAUUACAACAAACCAAUGGUCUAUUUUUAUUAGAAACCAGCUGGCUGAAUCUUAGCUUGCCUAUGCUCUAAAUUAAUGUCAGUCCAGUUUUUGUAUGAAAAAAGACAGAUCGUAACGUCUACUUCAAAGCAACAUUCUGAUCUCAUUUAAAGUAGUGUAAUUCCACACACUUCAAUAGUUACAUUAUUGUAAACAGUAGCAAAACCAGAUCCUUGGCGCCAAAUUCUUUGCUGAUGUAACGCCAUUGACUUCACCAGCAGAGAAUUUGGCCCUUCGUUUCUAGUAACUAACUUGUGUUUUAAUAUUUUAAGACUUAUUAAUAUCCCACCCCCAAGUUAGUAUCACCUAAUGCUGUACGAUCCUUUCACAUCUCACAAGCUAAACUUGUCCAUGUUUGACCAGCUCUUGAAAACCUAGGAAGUAAUACUGGUGAUUCAGGAGGUGGCAUUGUUCCUUCUAAAUCAGUAAUGAACUAAUGCCCUGGAAUGGUGUUAAUGUCACUCUUCUGCUGGAAGUGCUAUCUUCUGCAAGAGACAUAAAUCUGAGUUUCUGACCUUUCAUGGACAUUUAAGAUCUUCAAGCAUUUAUUAAUCAGAACAUCAGUGGUUAACCCCGAGUUCCUAGACAAACUCCAACUUGCUUAAUAACAUUCUGCCAACCUACAUGUCCCUCCCAGUUUGAUCUGAAUAAGAUAUUCUGCAUUUCCUACCCAAAACUAGUCUACUUUUGCUGCAUGGUGUUAAAUUGUGCAACAUUUUGUCUCAGAUGCCACAGGUUGCUUUGUAGCAAUAUACACGUAUAUUUACUAUUGUGUAAAUACAAUGCAGAGAGAUGGUUAAGAAAGGAUCGGAUAAACGGGUUUCGCCUUCUA